AUGCUACCUUACGUCGAGGUCGCUAGCCUUCCUCCUUCUGCCUCCUUCUACUCAGCCGUCACUCAUCCCCUGGGCCUCAAGUAUAUAAGUGCCAGUCCCGGUGCCAUUGUAUUUGGCGCUCCAUCCCCAACCGACCCAAGCACAGCCAACCCAGUCUUUGAAGUGAGAAGUGUCGCCGAUCGCACGGCAGCACCCAGGUACCAGAGACUAGUCCUCUCGGCCGCUUCGCCGUCCGUGGUACAAAACUUCCGUGCAGCGGCCCUACGUGCGGCUCCCGAGCUACUGUUGAUCGGCGGUGCCGAAGACGGUUCCCAACGCCACCCUGAUGCCGAUCCAAGUUCUGCUUUUACUACUAGUGGCGAUUCUCGAGCGCAAAUCCGCGACCUCGACGACAAUAUAAUGGAGGUUGUCUUUUCUCCCGACCAUGCCGGUUCGACUGUUCGUCGUACAACUACAGAAGAAUCCAGCCAUAUUUUGAGCUGGAAUCCCGACGUUGCUCUCGCGAGUUCUUCAAGAUCUAUUGCUCCUGGAGCCGCUGGAGGGGCCGUAGAACCACCUUACGUCCUCCGAAGAAGCGUCACUACUUCGGUUAUUGAGUCCACGCCGUCGGUCGCUUCAUCUUCGUCGCCGUCGUCGCCGCCCGCCGCCGCCGACAAGAAGUCAUCCAGCGGUCUCAUUGGCACUGUUCUUGGCGCUGUUGCCGCAGGAGCUGCCAUUGGUGGCGCUGUGACUUACAUGAAUAUGAAGGGCCAGCGAGAAAAGGCGCCACGCCAGGAGUUUGACGCUCCGCCCUUUCACCGCCGCUCCACUUACCCGGAGCCCGCCCCGGACCACAUGCACGUGCAGCCCCGUUACGUAGAGCGGACCGUCGAAAAGGUCUACUAUGCGGACCAGCUGCCGCCCGGCAAAAGCCGCCACUACCCCCCGCCUACCUACAUGGCCAGGUACUCGCAAGUUGGCGAUCGCGGCCGGGAGGUUGAGGAGCUCGACGAUCGCUCCAGUCGCUAUACGGCGCAGCAGAGCACGACGGGCCGGUCCCGCACCAAGAGUGAAGCGGGUUCCAUGCGCCAGCCUUUGAUGAUCGCCGACGCCGAGUACAGGAGCAAUGCCGGCUCCAGAUACACCACCGCCACGGCCCCCAAGAUGCUCAUGGACCACAGCUACGCCUCGUCCCGCCACUCGUCGAAUAUGUUGCCCGAGGCGGACCUGUGGAGCCGCACGUCCUCGAGACAAUCCACGCCUCGCUCUAUCCGGCAGCCCGAGGUGGAGACGUACGUGUCGGCCCGGACACAGUCGCACGCUCCGACCUACGUCUCGUCUCGGAGUAAGUCCUACACACCCGACGCCGAAACCUAUGUUUCGUCCCGGAGCAAGAGGUCGGAAAGAUCCGAGAGCACCAUUCGACCUACAGCGACAAGACAUUCCACCUACGACGGUUCCAUUGUGUACGGCGACAUGCCCAUCCGGUCCGCCGCGCCGUCGAGGGCGCCCAGCCAGGCACACUCGGCGGCGACGCAGAGCCGGCAUUCGACCGCUGCCCGCUCCUCCGCGACGGCGUCCAAGAUGAUGAUGACCCCGGCCGCGUCCGCCGCCGGUGCCAGCCGGGCUACGGCUAGGCAGGUUCCGUUGCCCGAGAGUCGUGUGAGCUAUACCUCGGCGCGAGCGGUGCCCUUGCCACGCAGCCAUGCCAAUUAUGACGACAACAACGAUGAUGAUAACGACAGCAUAGCUCCCAGUGACAGCAUUAGCUGCAUUGGUAUCAACCCCAGGAGCCAACGGGCAUAA